GCCUCGCUGGUGCCGGAGCACCGCGGCAGCCGCGCGCGAUGGUGGUGUGCAGCCUGGCCUGCUGGCGCUGCAGGUGGCUCCUGCCCCUGCUGCUCGGCCUCGCCAUCAUCAUGGGCAUCAUCGCGCUGGCCGGGCGCGGCUGGCUCGAGUCCGAGUCGGCGCCCUACGUGCACCAAGCGUCGCUGUGGGAGAGCUGCACGCGGGGCGAGCAGGACCUCAACUGGAACUGUGAGUCCCUCAUGGACUACGGAUGGGGGAGAGCAGCAGCUGCCACGUACCUCGUCGGCUUUGUGAUCCUGGUCAUCUGUUUUGCCCUGGCUGUCAUAGCCUUCUCGGUGGAAAUCCUGCGCUUCAACUUUGUGCGAGGAAUUGGAGGCUUGCUCUUCGUUGUCGCUGCAUUCCAGAUCAUAGGCUUGGUCAUCUACCCAGUGAAAUUCACAGAAGAAAUUCCUUUGACAGGAGAUAAUAUGUUCAGCUGGGCCUACGGUUUCGGUUGGGCCAGCACUGUUGUUGUAAUUGGCUGUGCUUUCUUCUUCUGCUGCCUCCCCAACUGGGAAGAUGAAGUCCUGGGAAACAUCAAGCCUACCUACUACUACUCUUCCCCAGAGAGAGCACCAUACUUAAAUUGAAAGAAUAAAUCCAAGUACAUUCAACCCUCAAAGCAACAGAACUCCUCUGCUGUAAAUCUUGAUGUAAUUGUGAGAGACUGAAAAAAAACACCUUAUUUCUCCAAAUGACUUCUUUCCAGAACUGGUAAUGAAUUAGUGAAAACAUUGGACUCUUUAAGCAAAAAGCUCUUACCUAAAGUAUUAUUUACAUAUUUUCAUGUCAGUUCUGUUUGGGUAGGUUACCGGCUCCUUCCCCUCCUAACUAAGUCAUUCUUAAUUUAUUUAAACAUUUGACAUUUACUUACAAAUAAAGAUGUGGUAUUUCAAGUAYAGAAAGGAAGAGGAAAGAUUUUAAAUAACUUGUUUGGGGGACCUACAAGUUAUUUUGUUUUAUUAUUUCACCCCUGACAAAACUGCAUGAAAUGGAACCAGAAGAAAUACACCAAAGCAUGCUUUUUCUUCCACCAAAGUCAAUCCCAAGAAAGGAACUUUACUCGAGUGUAUUACAGACACAAGCUGCCUAGGAAUGACUUCUCAUUCCUGUUACUAGACUAUUGUUGACUAUUAACCAUUUGAAGCAAGAGGAAAAUAAAAUUAACAUAUAUUUUUCCACUAGCUAUUGCAAUUAGGCUGUUACACUGUGUAACAAGCAGUUAGGAACUUACUCUGCCAGAGCCAAUACAUCAGAGAGAGUAAGUGGGUGGGUAUAUAUGCUUAUGCAUAUGUACAAAAUAAAACUUAAUGAAGCAUUAACCAGCAUACUGUAAAGCUAAAGUACUUCUGGACUAAACUUCUUCAAUGCCAAAUAUGUUUUGUAUUAUAUGUUGUAUAUCUUUGUUUUGUAACACCUUUUCUAAAUUGGUAAUGCUGUAUAUUGUAUGUGAUCCUAAUUUGGGAAGGUGAGGUGACUUCUCAAGCUACACCCCAGGCCUGUAGUUUCUGAUUUUACCAAGCAUAAAACCCUGUAGACUUCAAAGCUAUGUUACAAGCUACAUAAUGGCAUAUGCAAUCAACUGUAUUUAUGAUUCUUACUGAAAAAGAGAAUUCUGU